AUGACAACUAAGCAAGCCAGAAUUGGAACUUGUCCUAAUGUCCCCAUGUUUGUAGUUGUUCUCAUGUUUUUAAGGGCCUUCGAUGGCUUCAAAGUCUUAGAGCUUCCUUACAAACAAGGCGAAAGACAAGUCUCAGCAUUUCUCCAUGGUUUACACUUUUCUUCUAACUUGGAAGCAUCCAAAAUUCUCAAGGAUUUCGAACUGGUGAUGAUGCAUUUCACCAGGAAUUUGACAGAGAUGUUUGAGUCGAAGAUGCUCCAGAAAUCCUGCGUUGAAGUUAAUGAAGGAGGCACUGAAGCUGCAGUUGUAGCUGCCACAAUUCUAACGCGGAGUUGUCUUUCUCGUCCUCAUCAGAUAAAAAUUUACUGGUGUUCAAUCUGCCUGCAUGCUGAUUUAUUGAGUGUUGUGUUCAUGACCCGGGAGCUUCGCAUGAAAACAAAGCAAGCUAGACGUGUAUGA